ACACAUUUAUCACGGUUAACUUGAUGCUCUCUUGAAGAGGAAGUCCUCCUCCAGUCAACCGAAGUGUCCGCCCAAAAAACGAAUAUCACCUGGAACUGACUCUUACUGUGGAUAAAAAAACACAGACAAUGGCAGAAAACAAACCACGACCGACUACAACCAGAGAUGCUGCAGGAACGGAAGAAGAGGCGAAGAAGAAAGCCGCCCAGGCAGCCAUCCGUCUGGAUCAAAUCCGCCUGGUGGUUCUGGGCUGGAGGUGGCCGGGGAAGAGCCUGACAGGGAACACAAUCAUAGGCCGAGAGGAGUUUCGUCUGGAGCGAGCAGCGGAGUUCUGCGUAAAGAGGCAAACGGAGGUGGAUGGUCGAGAGGUGACGGUCGUGGACACCCCGGGAUGGUUCUCGGCCCAAGAUACCCCUCCCUCCUAUAAACAGGAGCUGGUCAGAGGAGCAGCUCUCUGCCCCCCGGGACCCCACGCCUUCCUGCUGGUCAUUCCUGUGGGUAUGUUCACCGACGUGGACCGUGCUCGCAUCGAGGAGCACGUCAGCCUGUUCGGGGAACACGUGUGGAAACAUACCAUCGUUGUUUUCACGUGGGCCGAGGUGUUGAGGACCAUUCCGAUCGAGAGGUACAUUCGCAGAGAAGGCAAGGACCUGCAGUGGGUGCUGGAGAAGUGCAAGCACCGGUACUUUGUCAUCAAUAACUGUAUAUAUGGGGAGCACCCGCAGGUGGGACGCUUGUUGGAGGGCGUGGAGAGGCUGGUGGCAAACGAAGGAGGCUACUACAAACCAGAGGAGGUGGAGAAAGAGAAGAAACCUGUGGAGGAGAACAAGAACACUGACAGGGAUGUGAGAGAGCUGGGGGCCAGACCGAAACAGAACUCUGGACUGGGAUUAUCCAAGGCCAUGGAGGUGGAUCCAGUUCCCAAUUAACCCCCCCACCUCUACCACCCACCCUGUUGCCUGAUGAAGCCCCUGAACCGGGACCUACAGACCAGGACUCGCCAAUCCUUUCCACGGCGAAGUCUGAAAAUGAAAAAAUGUAUUUAUUUGAUGAAAUCUGACAUGUAUUGAGUCCAAAGUUACUAAUUCAGCUGUUUGUAAUAUAAAAUGUUUUUAUUUUCCUAAUGCUGAGACAAAUUCCAUUCAGUUUGUAGUGACACAUUUGAGUCAGUGAAGGUGAGCUGUUACACAGAGUAGUAGUAGUAGUAGUAGUACUAGUAAUAAUAAUAUUACUGUGUUUAAAACCCCACUCUAGUCCAGGGGUCUCAAACACCAAUCAUCUAAGGGCCACUCCUCACCACUGCCAUUUCAUUGGAUGGCAACAUCAGAGUUUGUUGUUAAUGACAAAAUAUUUUUUCAAUAAUACAGUUUAAGCACCUGACAUAAAUAACACGUGCUGAAUUUUGCUGUCACUGUCACUUGGAUUUUCAUUGUUUGUGACCAAAUUGUUGAUGUUUUCUGAUGUAACUUUAUUUUUACUGUAACUCUAACAGAGCAGCACGUUUGCACUGGCCUUUGACUAAACAGCCAGGACGUCAGGUUGGGCCACACUGGCAGCAGUGGUUAGCACAGUUCCCUUACAGCGAGAAGGUUUGAUUCUUGUGUUUCUGUCGGCAGUUUCCAUGUUCAUGCUUCAACAACGUGUUCACUCCAAACUGAUCAUAGGUGUGAAUGUAGGUGUGAAUGGUUGUUUCUCUCUAUGCGUGACCCGCCCCCACACCCUGACUGAAUGACCGCUGGGGUUGGCUGCCCCCUCUGUGAUUAGGAUUUGAAGAUAUUCAGAUAUUCAUACUCUGAGAAAAUGAGAAAGUUUUAAAACCCCUGGUGGUCAUAGUGUGUUAGGGCAGCUGUGACAACGUGGACCUGAGCAGGUUACUGCAGGAGAUAAUGUUUCCAACAGGAAGAAACUCUAGACCGGUUAACAGUCCUGAAGUCUUCUUUGUUAUAAUGAAGUACUGGUGACUCAUCUGCACUCACUAAGAACCAUGUGUUCUACUAAGAGUCUCAACAUUAAAGGUCAACACUAGUGGACAAACAUCGGUCUGCAGCCUUCCAUGGAGAUUUAUUUUUUAAAGUAAUUUAUUCCUUAUUUUGGUAACACCUCUUUGCUUUUCAUAUCUUAUUUUUUUAAUGUUCCCACAUACCUGUUGGGUUUUUUUUAAAUAAUGACAGGGUACAAUACAAAUAUUGAUUUUUAUCAUUUAUAACAUAUGGAAUAUAAAAUAGAGACAUUUUUAAGUACAAUUUUUUAAACAUUUUUUCUACAGUUUUUAGUUUAAAGUUCUUCCUUCAUUUUCAACAUUUCCACCUUCCGUUUAUUGUCUUUUAUUUUCAGCCAUUGUUUGUGACUUUAAUCCUGAGCCAGUUCUUUGUGACGGUUUUCAUUUUGUCCACCAGGGGGACUCUCAUCAAUUAUUGAAUUCGUCAAACUGCACUGAUCCAGACUUGUGGAUGAAAUAUGGAUAAAUAUUUGACACAGUGCUAAGUCAAUGUCCCUGUAGAAAGACUGUGUCUGCACUAUAUAAAAUGUGCUUUUGUUUUUGUCACCAUUUUUUCCUCUAAUGCUGAUUAUCAUCAUCAUCGUCGUCCGACUGGUUGAGGAGGAAAAAACUCCCAGCUUUGUUGAACAACUUCUGUGAAUUCUGAAUUUUUUCUUUUUUGUUUCUUUUGUUUGUUUGUGUGAAUGUACUUUUUAUCUGAAGUAAAACUUGUGUGGUACUGUAGUACACUGGUGUGUGUUGACGUUCCACUGUUACUGAUGAGGACAAGGAUUUAAACCCAGGGGUUUUGUUUGAUGGGAAAUCACCAGAAAUGUAGGUCAAAGCUGUAGAACGUCCAAACCCAGAAGAAGAAUUUAGUUUUGUCUUCUGAUGGAUUCCUCCGACUGUGGUCGUUUCACAGCUGAUUUUUUUUCAUCAUAGGUUUUAUUUGUGUGUUGGUUUUAAAAAAAACCUCUAUGAGUUCUUGUUUUGUUUCUAUGUUGUUUUCUCUUGUACAUUUUGAUCCACUGUCACUCUGUUUAUCUCUGUUAAUUUAUGUGUUUCAUUAUUGUUGUACAUCAGGAAAUGAAAUAAAAUGUGUUUCUGUG